UGUUCCUCUCCGCCAUAUUGAAUUUCUUGAACAAAAGUUCGGUCAACGUGGCUUCUUCCAAUUUGUAUUUUUUUGCAAAUUGUUAGACCUCCACUUUGUAGUUUGCGCCUUAUCCUGUGACUAAAAACUUCACGGAUAAGAUGAAGCUACAGGAGAGUGGAUUCCAGCUACCUUCGUUUCUUCCUCGGCUAUCGUAUGAAAAGCAAGACACGUUGCUAAAACUCCUCAUCUUGUCCAUUUGUGCCGUGUUGUCUUUCUCCACUAGGUUAUUCUCUGUCCUGAGGUUUGAGAGUGUUAUUCACGAAUUUGAUCCUUACUUCAAUUAUAGAACUACGAGAUUCUUAGCAGAGGAAGGAUUUUACAAAUUUCAUAACUGGUUUGAUGACAGAGCAUGGUAUCCGUUAGGAAGAAUUAUUGGUGGCACAAUCUAUCCAGGUCUCAUGGUAACAUCAGCCGUCCUGUAUCAUGUGAUGAAUUUUUUCCACAUCACUAUUGACAUCAGAAAUGUUUGUGUUUUCCUGGCUCCUUUGUUCUCAUCAUUGACGACGCUAGUUACUUAUCACUUGACAAGAGAACUCAAGGAUGCCAGUGCAGGGUUAGUAGCAGCUGCCAUGAUUUCCAUUGUUCCAGGUUACAUCUCACGUUCUGUUGCUGGGUCGUAUGACAAUGAAGGGAUUGCUAUCUUCUGCAUGCUGCUAACAUAUGCCUUGUGGAUCAAGUCUGUGAAAACUGGCUCACUGUUCUGGUCAACCCUGUGCGCUCUGGCUUACUUCUACAUGGUUUCCUCAUGGGGAGGAUAUGUGUUCCUUAUCAACUUGAUUCCUCUCCAUGUUUUAGCUCUGAUGAUAACUGGCAGGUUUUCACACAGAAUCUACGUUGCAUACUGCUCAGUUUAUUGCUUGGGAACCAUCUUGUCAAUGCAGAUCUCGUUUGUCGGGUUCCAGCCAGUGCAGUCAAGUGAACACAUGGCUGCCUUUGGUGUGUUUGGUCUGUGCCAGAUCCAUGCAUUUGUCGACUAUGUCCGAGCUCGUAUGCCUAGAGAGCACUUCCAGCUGCUGUUUAAGAGUGUUGUGCUGGUUGCAGCAGUCAGUGUCACAACUGUUGGUGGUAUCCUAACCUUCACUGGUAAAAUCUCUCCCUGGACUGGCCGCUUCUACUCUCUGUUGGAUCCAUCUUAUGCCAAGAACAACAUUCCUAUUAUUGCCUCCGUUUCUGAACAUCAACCGACAACAUGGUCGUCAUUUUACUUUGAUUUGCAACUCAUGGUGUUCAUGUUUCCUGUGGGCCUGUAUUACUGCUUUUACAAGCUUACAGAUGCCAACAUCUUUAUCAUCAUGUAUGGUGUCACAAGCAUCUAUUUUGCUGGGGUGAUGGUGCGUCUGAUGUUGGUGCUGGCUCCAGUGGCCUGCAUUCUGUCUGGAAUAAGUGUCUCAACUAUUCUUACAACUUACAUGAAGAAUUUGGAUGUUUCUCGUCGUGACCGUAAGACAACAAAGAAAAGUGAUCCCAGUUAUCCAAUCAAGAAUGAAGUUGCCACAGCAAUGGUUGGCUUGAUGUCAUUACUGUUGAUUACAUACACAUUCCACUGUACCUGGGUCACUUCUGAAGCAUAUUCCUCGCCGUCAAUUGUCCUGUCAGCCAAGCAACAUGACGGCUCCCGAGUCAUAUUUGAUGAUUUCCGUGAGGCUUACUACUGGCUCCGACAAAACACUCCAGAGGACUCCAAAGUAAUGUCAUGGUGGGAUUACGGCUAUCAGAUCACGGCUAUGGCAAAUCGAACCAUAUUAGUGGACAACAACACGUGGAACAACACACAUAUCUCCAGGGUGGGGCAGGCUAUGGCAUCAAGUGAAGAUAAAGCGUACGAGAUCAUGCGGGAACUGGAUGUUAAUUACGUGUUGGUGAUAUUCGGUGGUUUGACUGGAUACGCCUCUGACGAUAUCAACAAGUUCCUGUGGAUGGUCCGUAUUGGAGGGAGCACAGAAAAGGGCCAGCACAUUAAGGAGCAUGAUUAUUACACCCCCACUGGAGAGUUCCGUGUCGACAGGGGUGGUUCCCAGAUCCUGCUCAACUGUCUGAUGUACAAGAUGUGCUACUAUCGUUUUGGCUCUGUUUACACGGAACAAGGAAAACCGACUGGUUACGAUCGUGUGCGUAAUGCGGAAAUCGGAAACAAGGAAUUCGAACUUGACGUGUUGGAAGAAGCUUACACCACCGAGCAUUGGCUUGUCAGAAUCUACAAAGUAAAAGAUCUUGAGAACAGAGGCUCCUGAAGCGCGCAGGCCAAGUUUUUUUAAUACCAGUAUUGCAUUAGAUGCAAAUGCCUCUCCAUUUCAAGUGUAAUAGUUGUUAGACAAUUUUUGAGCAACAAGUGAAUAAAAAAGACAACUCGUGUGAA